AUGUUGUAUCACAAUUUAACUGGUGAUGCUUCAUUAUCAAAUGAUCAAAUAAGUAAAGAGAUAGAAGAAAGAUUACGUCUUAUAAUAUUAUUGGAAGAUCCUUCUAUAAUAAUUGAUCUUAGGACUAAUAAUGGAUUUCAAGGGUCAAAAUUUGAUAUAUUUUGGGAUGAACUUGAUGGAUAUUUUAAUGAGCAUAAUAAUACAGUUGUUAAUGAACACCAAACAGAUGCUAUUUUAUAUAUUCCAUAUGUUAUAUCUAUUCAGAAAUUGAGAGAAAGAAUUAUUACUCAUUUAAAUACAAAAUAUCAAGGCUUACCUCUGCCAAGUAAUAUUUCUAUUCCAUCAGAAGAGUGGAUAAGAUUGAAUUUUGCACUAUCUAAUGCAUAUAUUACCAAAGCUAUGCAGUAUACUGAGCGUUUUAAUGUGAAGUAUAAGAUGCAAUCCCGAUUGUUACAAAAAUCCAGUGAAAAUGAUCAUUAUUGUCACAUGAUAUUUAAGUAUGAACGCAUCAAAUAUCAAGAUUAUGCAUAUUUUAUCUCGGCAGAUGAUAAGCACAAAGUGCCUAUUGGUGAGGAUAUACCAGUAUUUAAGGGCGUUCACAAUAAAAAGACUUUGGCACCAGCUGAAGGAGAAAUUACAGCAGCCGAUCACAAUUUUACUAAGUUGUCAUUAAUACCAUUUAUUACUUUAUUCAUUAAUAUUCCAAAUAAUAUAUCUGAAUCUUUCUAUGAUGGAAAAGUAUAUGCCUGCUUUAAAGAUGCCAUUUUUCAACUAAGUAGUGCAUUAAGGCAUUCAACAGAAUUUUUUAACCUGAUGAAUCGUCAGUACUCAACACAAUCUUUACUCUCAAUAUUGUCACUCUAUACUGAUGCAGUUAGGAUAGCUUUACAUAAUAGUUGGUGUAAUUCUGCAGAAAGAAUUAUGAGCAUGAUUAAUUAUGGACUUCAGGAUGUUGCUAUAGAAAGAGAAAAAAUGCCUGAGGAAUUUGAAGAUGAAUUUGAGGCUUUAAGGACAUUAAAAGAUAUACGUGAAAAAGCAAAAGAUAAUUUAUGCUUAAAGGUGGAAUUAGAAAAAUGUAUUGUAACAGUUCAAAAACUGCUUCGCGAGCGUACAGAACAUUUAGUUUGGAAAAAUGAAGUAUUCGAAACUGAAAAUCCUGCAUCUGAUUUGGAAAUUAAUGAGAUGUUUGAGAAUAUAUUGCGAAUUGAUUCCACAUUGACUAAAGAUAAAACUACUAAAAAACAAUUGCAAAAAAACAAACCCAUGGUAAAAUUUAUCAAAACUCAUUGUCAAGAAAGAGCAUACUCAUUUCAGAUCAAAAAAUGUAAUCAAACUUCCUGUGAAGUUUGUUAUCGAAUUAGAAUGCCAACAGAUGUUUUUCAAAACUUACAUUUUUUACCUGAUCCAAUACCAUUACGAUUUACGAGUAAUUCCCAUUUAACAGAACAACAAAAACAAGAUUUAAAAUUGGUGUUACAAACUUAUACAUAUACGUGUGGAUCACCAAUUUUUCCAGAUAAUCAUAAUUUGGCUCAAGAGAUUUUUGUUAGAGUUCAAAUUUCUUGUGAUUCCCCUAUUGAAUUGCUUUAUUAUUCUUCAAAAAAAGUAGGAAAUAUUCCAAUCUGCUAUUGGUAUGGUACAAAUAGUGAUUUUAAAAUUGUGUCUCAAAAUCUUCAAGUUAAUAUAUCCAUUAUAUAA